GAACCUCCUUCCAGUACAACCACAACUCCAUCUAAUACAACUGAAGCUCCAUCCAGUACAACCACAACUCCAUCUAAUACAACUGAAGCUCCUUCCAGUACAACCACAACUCUACUUAAUACAACUGAAGCUCCUUCCAGUACAACCACAACUCUACUUAAUACAACUGAAGCUCCUUCCAGUACAACCACAACUCCACCUAAUACAACUGAAGCUCCUUCCAGUACAACCACAACUCCAUCUAAUACAACUGAAGCACCUUCUAGUACAACCACAACUCCAUCUAAUACAACUGAAGCUCCUUCCAGUACAACCACAACCCCACCUAAUACAACUGAAGCUCCUUCCAGUACAACCACAACUCCAUCUAAUACAACUGAAGCUCCUUCCAGUACAACCACAACUCUACUUAAUACAACUGAAGCUCCUUCCAGUACAACCACAACUCCAUCUAAUACAACUGAAGCACCUUCUAGUACAACCACAACUCCAUCUAAUACAACUGAAGCUCCUUCCAGUACAACCACAACCCCACCUAAUACAACUGAAGCUCCUUCCAGUACAACCACAACUCCACCUAAUACAACUGAAGCUCCUUCCAGUACAACCACAACUCCAUCUAAUACAACUGAAGCUCCUUCCAGAACAACCACAACUCCAUCUAAUACAACUGAAGCUCCUUCCAGUACAACCACAACUCCAUCUAAUACAACUGAAGCUCCUUCCAGUACAACCACAACUCCACCUAAUACAACUGAAGCUCCUUCCAGUACAACCACAACUCUACUUAAUACAACUGAAGCUCCUUCCAGUACAGUCACAACUCCAUCUAAUACAACUGAAGCUCCAUCCAGUACAACCACAACUCUACUUAAUACAACUGAAGCUCCUUCCAGUACAACCACAACUCCAUCUAAUACAACUGAAGCUCCAUCCAGUACAGUCACAACUCCACCUAAUACAACUGAAGCUCCUUCCAGUACAACCACAACUCCACCUAAUACAACUGAAGCUCCAUCCAGUACAACCACAACUCCAUCUAAUACAACUGAAGCUCCUUCCAGUACAGUCACAACUCUACUUAAUACAACUGAAGCUCCUUCCAGUACAACCACAACUCCACUUAAUACAACGAGCAGGUGUUGUGCCUGAUUGCAGUGGAUGUGAGGAACACUCUGCGCAGAGUCAACCCACGAAAAGCUGCAGGACCAGACAACAUCCCCGGCAGAGUGCUCAGGG